GAUAAAUUAUGUUUGAGAUAUAGUGAUCUUCCUGUUUCUUUGUGGUCGGGUCUUAGUGUCCCAAAAGAAGGCAAUAGGCUCUUUUCAUGUUUUAGCGCUUGUGAUCUUCGCAUGAGAGCUGAAGGCUCCUGGCUCUGUUGUAUUUCUAGUAGUUUGAUAAAAAUUUAUCAUGACAUUGCUGAUAGACCAAUUUCUGGUUGCAGACGGUUUGAUAUCAAAUGGACGGCACCCAAAGCUGAAGGAUCACUCACAGAUGCUCGUGGAGAUAUCAUAAUUUCACCUGAUCAUAUAACUGUUAAUUCUUCAUCAGUUGCUUUUGACUUGUAUUCAAAAGUUCUGACCUCCUAUCGUGAUGAUUACUGCUUAAACCUGAGAGAUUAUCACGUGAAUGCUCCCCUGCCCUUUACUGUGGAAGGAGUUGAACUGGAUUUGAGAAUGCGCAGUUUCGAAUUUUUCAGUUCAGUCUCUUCAUAUGCUUUGGAUUCUCCAAAACCUGUUCACCUGAAAGCAACUGGAAGGAUAAAGUUUCAAGGAAAGGUUGUUAAAGCUUCCAGCAUUGCUGACCAGCAUUUUGUGCAUUCUGAAAAGAGAUCAGAAGAUGUUCCAGUUGAAUGUAAUGAUGCUACAGAUACUCUUUCCGGUGAAGUUUCAAUCUCUGGACUCAAACUCAAUCAAUUGAUGCUGGCACCUCAGAUGGCUGGAGCAUUGAGCAUCACACAGCAGGGUCUUAAGUUGGAUGCCAUGGGGAGACCAGAUGAAAGUCUUACUCUGGAGGUCAGAGGACCAUUUCAUCCUCUUUCUGAAGAGAAUAUGAUUGGCAAAAUGUUCUCUUUUUCCUUCCAGAAGGGACACUUAAAAGCUAACAUGUGCUAUCUGCCGCUGCACUCAGCUAAUUUAGAGGUGCGACAUUUGCCUUUGGAUGAAUUGGAGCUGGCUUCGCUUCGUGGAACGAUUCAAAGGGCGGAAAUUCAACUCAACUUUCAGAAAAGAAGAGGUCAUGGGGAGUUGUCAGUACUCCGGCCAAAAUUCAGCGGCUUGUUGGGUGAAGCUCUAGAUGUUGCUGCUAGGUGGAGUGGAGAUGUUUUAUCUGGUCUUUUCUUGAGCUCGCAUUUUUGCAGUGCUAAUACUACAAUCAACGCUGAACUACGUUGA